GUGUAAACAAGAAUAGGUGGUAGGUGCGCGGCCAGCAUAAUUUUGUAGCACGUAGCGGUCGUGAUUCCGGUAGCAAAUUUCUUGUGUUUGUAAAUACAGAGUUCGUGUGUGAAGGAGGGGAAGUGUUAUCGCCGUGCCUGUGUGAACGUGUUGGCGCGUGUUUUUUGGAUCAAGCACACGUUGCGUUUUUUGAAGAUGGCGCCGGGCCUGCCAAUAAUGUUCGUUCGCUGCUUCUUGGGCCAGGCCGCAGCAGUCGCCGAGCGGGGAAGAAGUAAAUACGCCGCUGGUCGCAAAUAAGAUCAAUCCUUGCGAGGUUGGUCGACCUUCGGCUUUGCACGUGAACGAAAGAAGAAAUAAGAGUUGCGGCGAAGGUCGUCUACCUGAUCAACUUGAACGAGCGAGUGGAAUCGCGGACGCGGCGUGUCGAUCCGCAGACAAGGGCCAGCAACGACCAGCCUGGCAGUACAAUUCUCGGAAAUAGCUUUCGCAACGCAGGAGUUGUCAUGAAUCACAACCCCGCGCAAGUGUCGCAAUGGCUCUCGUCCAUGCUGAACAUAAUUCCGGGGGACAUCCUCUCUCUGCUGUCCCAACGCGUCAAAGCGCACCAGAUCGGCGGCCACACGUUUUCCGGCAUGCUGAACAAUCACGAAUUUCUAUCGAAGUGAACUAAAAUAACUGGAGGCACGCAAAGGUCAUGUUGUGACUUGCAGUAUGUCCAUGUCCCUGGGCAGGCCGUUUGGCCUUGUUUCCCCCAAUGGAAUUUUACUUUCGUAAGGAAAUGUAUAAAAAUGCUGUCGGCGGCGCGUUGAGGAGCUUUACUUACUGGCAAAUCGCGUCUACUUGGUAUAUCAUGCAUAGCAACAACCUGUUUCUCGGAGAUGUGAAGCUCGCAAAAGAUGUACAACUUCUGAUGCGUUCAUUAUCUGCAGCGGCUUCUUUCCCAGUUUUCCUUUUGAUCGGCGUUUACGGAGAUGGGCAUCGAGGGCCUCACCAUGCUGCAUUGUAUUACAGUUUUUCUUUUUGUUUCUAUCAGUAAUGCAGACCACCCGUUUUGCUAGAUGUGAUCAUACUUUGUUGUGACUGGAGAUCAAAGUCGUCGCAUAGGUAUCUCACCGCUCGAGGCACGGUGUCAACAACUACACGGAAAAGAAUUCUUUGGAAGUACGCUUCAAAUCUUUGAUGAUGUUGACGUAAAACUGAAAAUUUCAAUCUUACCAAAAAUCAGGUUCGCGCAUAAGGAAGGUGUGGCACCAGGAUUUUCCGGACACGAGGAACAUCACAUUAGAUCGUACGCUCGUUGAACAUCGGGAGUCUAAAGUUGAAUAUUGUCGAAGGGACCGCGGCCCCCGCUUGAUGUCGGUUUCGUCUAAAGAGGUCCCCACAGCACGAUACCGGCUUUCUCUAUGUGACCACGGAUGUCUGUGUAUUUGUUCAUUAUGUGUGUGCGGGCACAUAGUUCUAAUUCUGUUUCUGGAUGAGCCAUGAUGGUGUCAUGGCUUUCCUGUCCGAAUAUUCGAGGUUCGCUACACAAUUUUGCUUUACUCACCGAUUUUUUGCGUUGGAUACGGUGCCGUCCUGGCAACAUCCCCGGCGCGCAGAGAGGAGGGUCCAACCGAAAUGCCACCGAGCAGCAGACCCCCGACAUGCCGGUAGCAGGGAUGCGACCCCCGGGAGGUCGCAAUCCGACCAGUCGGGUACUUAGUGUCACUCUGCGUCCUCUCGCGAAAGAACUGCACGAAGAAGUACUUCUGCAGAACUUGAUCUAGAAGUACGUGUGCGAAUCAAUGUCUUCAUUGCUAUCCUACUUCUCUUUGGCUUCACCUGUUGUUUCCGAGCCACCGUGCGGCACGUAGAAAACCAAGAACAAUAACACCUGAAAUAACAGAUGCACCAGCUGGAUGACGGCUCACAGGUGCAGCUGGAUCCCCGUCUCAAUGCAACCGUGAGCACCAAUGAUCCGUAUCAAGGGGAAAAAGGAAUAUCGCAGUCGCAUAGUUUAUUUCUGGCAGCACGAUAGACACGAUAAAAGUUACGCGUUUUUACAUGGUUUUUGCAUGAAGGUAUCGCGUUUCAGUCGGUGCGUGUUUUAGAAAAGUGCGCAUGUGUUUUUAGACUUAGACGCCAUGUGCAUGUAUGAUAUUUCGACUAGCUGCGACAGUUUCAUCAAUGGAUAGGAUACGGCUCAACACCACGUUCAGCAGUUCGAACCGGCAUCAGCAGCAGAGAGGCCCUGCGGAUGUAGACGCUGCGCAUCGCGAAGAAACUCUGCGCAUGGCGCAGCAGAUCCAAAAAUUGUAUAAUCACCUUAAUUUUUGCGUACCACUAGGUGCUCCUUACCGGGUGUAGCGACUCGAGUUUUUGUACGGCAGAAAAUAUAUUCAGCUUCCGUGGUUUUCAUGCGAGAAAGAGGCAACAGAAUGAAUCAAGAAGUAGAAGUUGGAAAUACGUGGCGGAGCGCAAUGAAAUUUCACAAAACUGCAUACCAGGCGAGCAGACCUGGAGCUCGGAGAGCAGCGGGCAAGGAAGGCCGAAGAGGAACGAGACCAGUAUAAGAAUAGCCUGGACAUGGCGGAAUCACGAAAUCGUGCACUAACCGAGCAAAUGAAGGAGCUUGCGGACUUGCCGAGGUAUUUUUCAAGCAUCCCACUUAUUGUUAUUUGUCCGCCCGCCGUUGAAUUACCCCGUGGUUGUGCAUCUACGGACCACCCAAUUGUUGUCCUUCAAUCCUGCAAAGCGAUCGGACUCAUGUAGUACGAUGGGACAAUGAUAUACCAUACUUGUCAAUCGUGGCGUCAUUCUGAUAUUGAACAAUGUGAAACUCCAUCUCAGGAAAGUGUUUGAGCGAGUUUGUGACCAGGCUGGCCUCGACAAGGCACAAAUGUAUCCGGGCUCGCGAGAUUUGCUCCGCCCGGCCCAGCAGAGCGACAAAGGGCGUGGUCACGGAGGCGGCGGCGCAGGCGGAAGUCAAGGCUUAUCCCACAGGAAAAAACUAGUUGGUCACACCUGUAAUGUUUACAGAAAAAUCUUUAUAUCCUGAAAAAGAGCAUGCUAGACAGGCUCAGCCAUGGCGGAUUUUAUUUUAGCAUUCCGGGUAUAUCCUGCUAGCUUUUUUGGGUUUGAUAGGGCCCCCCCCUGAUGCAGAAUAAGCAACCCCGUGGACCGCCCGGGGGUCCGCCAGCGGGUCCGCAAUUGGGUGGUCGCAUUGUCAUAUCGGGUGUAACGAAUCCUCCUUACUCAACUCAUUUUCAUUUGGAGACCCGGAUCGCUGCGCGUCACAGUUUGCAUGCGCGAUUCGCUCACGCCGCGCGUCACAGUUUGCAUCUGGAGGACCAUUUAGUUGUAUCUGAUUAAUAUUUUUGCACACUCGUACACAUUUCUGCAGCAAUGCCAAGCAGAGUCGUGGUUACACAACAAGAAAGAAGGAUCUGUUACACCUGAUAAAGCGGAGAUCCGUACGAUAUUGGAUAACGCGAGCUCUUGAAUCUUUCCUCUUCGGUUUAUGACGCGCAAGCGUCUUUUGAUGAUUUGGUUUGUUUUGCUGCAUUAACAUUGUCACCUUGAUUCCACAGAUUUGAUCCCAACGCGCCACCAAUACACGCGGGCGCGCCGCAGCCGCAGCAGCGCGGACAGCGACCGCAGAUGCAGUCCGGGGGAGGCGGCGGGGUGCCGACGCAGCCGGGCGUUCCGCAGUCGCUCCAGGGUACCCUCCUUCACCAGCAGCUUCCCGCGGAAGGAGAGAAACAACCGCCUUACCGCACAGAAAAAUUCCUAGCGUGUGUGCAUACUUCCUUGUGGGGCACUAGCGAAAGGAACGUGAUGAAAAGUACGGAAACCCGUCAGGUGCGGGGCCGUAGCUCCGCUGUCUGUGCUUCUUGCAUGGUCGUCGACAUCUACUUCCCUAGUUUUGCGGACGUCCCCGAAUUUAUUACUUAGCGCAAGCGUAGUUUUUCUACUCCAUACCUGUCCGCCCGCACAGAGGCCGGGAAACCCUUUCGACGAACUUCCAGCGUCUGCACAUCAGUGUGCCCCGCAAAUGAUUGAGGGUCUCAGGAAAUAAGGAUCGAAAUGAUCAGUCUUGCUCAGUGUUGCUACCAUGUGUUUCUGCCAAUGUUCUUGAGGUUUCAUGCGCCUGCGAGGAUGUAGUUGGACACUACUUGCUUCCCGUACGUUCUAGCCGCAAGAGAACGGCGAAUAUUCCGCUGUUGAAAUUUUGUUGAGGCUCUCGUAUUUGCGAUGGAUGAUUUCCGAAGCCAGGCUAUGGCGGUCCGGGACCAAGACGACCAAAAGGAAACUGGGCGCACGUCGUCGAGCCGGGGUAUUAAUUUACGUUUGUCGUAUUUUCUGUUGUUCCAGUGCAAAUAGUACACAUUAGAUUUAUUUCACCACCUUGGAUCUUCAUUCCGAUUUCUUUGUAUAUCGGGCCCCUGCUCCCUCCGUCGCGGAACGCGCCAAGCUCGCUGUAACGAAUUUCGUAUCAUGAACGGAUGGUGUUGUCUUUGUGUUAAGUCGUGCGUCGGCGUUUCAGCUCCCUGUUUCUACCGACCCAGGUAACACCGGCCAGGGGCGAGAGAAGCGAUUCAAUCCGUCCUUCGACGAAAGCGAGGAAAUUCGACAAGUGCAUCGCGCAGAAGAAAAAGCACAGCCCAGCACGCGCGCGCAACCACAGCCCAAGGCGGCUAUCCUGUGCAUAAAGUCUCCCACGACCUAGCCAAGCACGCUUCAUGAUGUCUCCUUGAGGUCUUAGGUUGACGCAGCUACAGCAGCGCAUUAUACUUUUAUGGUGUUGCGACAAGCUGCAGAAUUCGAUCCUGAGCAGAAAAAUGUAGCACAGAACGCACUUUGUGAGUUUAUAGAUUCGACUGCUAUCACGAUGGCAUAGAUCAACUCCUGUUCUGAUGAAGAUGUACAUCAGGCGCUUGCAUAGGCAGUAAACCUCGAAUGUAUUCUAUUCUUGAUUGGCCGGGAAAACUUUUUUUGCAGAGGAUAGCACCCAAGCCGAAUCCACCCCCGCCAAAUAUACCUGCGAACUCCCGUGCGGGUGGCAAGAGUCCGGGGAAGGUAAUAGACUGGAUUAAGAGUCUGCCGGACGCGUUUGUCCCCGAAAAAAUAAAAGACCAGAUGUGUGGCGCGGUGGACAUGCGAGGGAUCGAUGGGCAACAGUUCACGCAACUUGUUUUGAGCAACCAGCUCCAGAGCGUUGGUGUCGUAUCGCCGCUUCAGGUCUCAAAAAUCGUCAAGGUAUACUACUUUUCUUUUUUGGCCCCUUGCAACAUGUGCAUGUCGAUUUUGUUCGCAAGAUAAAGAUGAGCCACUGGAGGUCGUGCGCGACUUUGGCGCAAAGCGUGGAGAAAACAGGAUUUAGGAGCGUGAAAACACGUGUUGCUUUCCCGAAAUCAAUUUCCAGGCCUGGAAGAACGUGCUCGCCGAGGACCAAAUGAGCGACGCCGCGAAGCAAACCUUGGAUAAUCAACCAACGGGAAAGAAGGCAGUGAAACUCAUUUGUUGAGUGUUUUAUUUCAUCGACGGCCAAGUAGCGCCAGAACGCGCGCUGACCGACGAAGGAGAGAGCGAGCCGGGCCAAAGUUUGCCACGCAAAAGUUUUCUUUAUGCUAUCGUUUUUGGUGGGGUAUGGUACACUAAGUCGCUGAUGUAAUAAUCGAUGUACAACUAAUUCAUUUCGUAUUUAUGAUUGUAGAAGCAUAUGGUUUUUCGAGCUUCGAUCGCAUGCGCCACAAUGCGAUGGAGAUUCCGUAUUACUUUCGAGAAUGGUUUAUUUGUCAGGUUUUCGGAUUUCGAGCUGAGUCCAACUACAAUAAUAACGAAAGCAGGUCUAUGAUUGGGCAUUUUACCUCCCGGCGCCGCAAGACUCACUGGAAUGAAAGCUUUCCGGAGUUUUUGCAGUUUGCCUGAUGAGAGCACUUUUUUUCCUUCCCAUUAGUUCUUCGUUUUGUCAAUUGAAUACUCUGGUUUUAUGUCACAUCAGCUACAGGUAGAAAAGGGCUAGAACGUAAGCGCACAUCUGUGUGCCAGAAGCUAAUCGAAAUGAAUCGUGCUGUCUCUGCCACCAGGGUUUGUAAAUCGUUUUCCAAAUUGCCGGGUAUCUAUUGGCGUAUCGCGU